UUGUUUACCUAGUGGUUUACCUACGUAUUCAUCGACGUUCACUGUUCAGUCAUCGUUCGGUCAACAAGCGUGGGUUAAUUUACCUAGUCGCAAAAUAACGUAUUUUACGCACUCAAAUUUUUCAACUCCAAAUAUUUAGUCCCACAGAAAUGAUGAGUGAUUCAAGCAGUUCAGACAGUAUAUCUCUCCAACUUAUAGAUGGUAGCGAGUUUACUUUACAAGAUACGCUUGGAACAUUGACGGAUUUGAAAUUAGAGCGAGAUCAAGAGUUGGAACACGUUUAUAAUGUACAGAUGAAUAAUCAGCUGUUUAUUCCACUUGACAAAUCAUCAGACACUCUUGAGAAGCAACAGCAGCUUACCGCAAGUUUUACCCGACAAUUAGAUGACGACAAAGCCGAUGAGUGUUUAAUUCCUGACACUAUUGAUAUGUACACAAGAACACUUGCACAAUUAGCAAAGGAUAUUAAAAACAUGGAAGAACUUGUAGAACUAGCUACGAAUAAUCUCCAUAAGCAACAGACAGAAAUUAGCCGAUUGAAGGAAAAAAAAAUAGAAUUGAUCAAGAUGAAAGAAGCUUGCUCAGCGGCAAAUAAAACAAUAGCAGGUAAAACAUAUGCAGAUGAACUUGGUACAACCAAUAAAAUAUUCAAAGAAGUUAGAGCAGAAUUGCAAAAAGUUGUGGCUGUAAUGUUUCCCACAGAUGAAAAAAUGAGAGAUUUUUUGGCGAUUUUGUGCUCUAAAUAUUUUUCUGGUGGUGACGAUGUGUGGGUCGAUCUAGAACCAGAAUACAGAGACGUUGCAAAUUACCUACUUGAAGCAGAUGUGAUUGUAUAUAAUACAUACAAUAAAAAUCAAGUUCGGCUUGUUGAUCUAUAGCCCAACAUGUUUUAUUUCCAUAUUGUCUGAUUACGGUCUUUGUUAAAGUCUGUUUCAUGAAAUCGAGAGGACUCAAAUUGUGAUUAAAGCGAUCUGAUGUAUUAUUUUUCUUCCAUAUUCCAACAUUUUAUACAACACUAUAAAAAUAAAAAACCACAGGCGUUUAUAUGAAUAGAA